AUGCUGUGGUUGUCCGUAUCCCCAACUCGAUUUUGGUCGCGAGAAAUACUGGCUCGACCCACGUUUCACAGGUUGAGGAUCCGAUCGAUUCCCGGAGAUCCAGAAGGCAUCAAGUGGACCAUUUCUGCAAUUGCGACCCCGCCUCCCCCCGAGGACUUUCUCGCCGCCAUUUCUGGCUCGUGGACGGUGCAAGAUCGAACUGCUGGAUAUUUGCUCGUCAUUCCAGACCCUCUUCCGGCUGCCUGGCCACCGGGCGAGCGGCUGCCCAAACAACUGAGCCCAAGGCUACGGCAGAUACGGGAUCGUUUCGAAUCCGAAGCCAGUUCUCCGUGCCGAAGUGCUUUGGCUGGUAUGCCCGGCAACAACAUCAGCGGCCGUAUAUCACGGAAUAUAUGCGGCGUAGCUUUGAUUUACUGUGUUGGGCUUUUCCCGGCGCAGAGUCUCGAUGCAGAUGGCUAUGAAGCCCAGCGGACAGCGCGAAGUAUUACAAUUAGUGCAGAGGCGUCGAUCCCCAGUUCCAAAUGGUUUCGAUUUCUAGGCCGGCACUUCUACUACUCUUCUGCGAUGGUCUCGACGUCCACAAAAGUGGUGGUGAACCCGCUGGUUUGGACCCCUUUGUUCAAUGUUUACUUUUUCGCCUUUCACGCGAUUCUUUCCGGGAUGGUCAUGACUGGAGUCGUUGAAAGAGUCAAAAUGAACGUACCGACAAGUCUACAACGAAGCUUCCUGUACUGGCCUUUCGUCACAGCCUUCAACCUCUCCCAUGUCAUACCGCAAUCCCGGUCGGUCGUCACAGCCACCUGCGCGGCGCUUUGGUAG